AUGUCGAUAUCUGAGUUCAACCUGUUUAUUAGGGAUGUUGAGGGUUCAAGUGGAGAGAAUAGCAAGAACACUGAAAAUGUAAAGAAUAUUUCUAAUGUUGAAAGCGUCACUGAUAUUUCCAAUGUUCCUGUUCCAUCUGGUGUUUGUGACUUUUAUAUCCCAACGAAAGAUGAUACUACAUUAUGCCAAAAAAGACAACUGCAAAUCAUGGAUGAAGACGAUCGAGGUGGAUGUAAGAAAAAAUUUAGGGUCAAUGAUUCCAGAUCUUCUCUGGCUGUCAGUGAGUCUAUAUUUGACAGACCACCACCUCGCAGUAUUGGUUUCCUAGAUUUACAAAGAUUGGAACAUGCUACUAAAUCUAUGCAAAAAAGUGUCGCUUUGAUUUUGAAUCAAGCACCCUCUAUCAAUGAACUAACUUAUAUGAUAAACUCUCCAGAUAUUGACAGUGGAACCAAAAGUGAAUUGCAACAAAGCAAUUUGAUCUCAUUGGCUUCAAAAUUGAAGUCAAAAUAUAUGGUAGGAGAUGCUCCCAUCUUGGAUAGUAUCUUCAGCGGCGAACUCGUUCUCUCAAGGGAAAAUCUAGAGGCGUUGACAAAAGUUGAAGGAGAACUAGAUUCAAAAAAGGUGGAAGUUAUUUUUCCUAGAAACACGGUUGACGAUGUUCCCCCUACUGGCAUCAAAGACAAUUUACCACCUUUACCUAUCAUCAAUGAUGCAACAUUAUACGAAAAGGUUUUUGUUCACAAAUCUACCGUCAACAACAAAACUUAUUUAGGUUCUGAAAACUUAAUUCAUUGUCAUAAUGAAAGGUUGGAAUUUCUUGGUGACUCUAUUUUGAACAACUUGGUUACUUUGAUCAUCUUCAAAAGGUUCCCAAACAACACUGAAGGCGACUUGUCCAAAAUCAGGGCAGCAAUGAUUAAUAAUCGUGUGUUGAAAGACUUGGCUGUUUCAUAUGGCUUUGAUAGGAAAUUGAGAACAAGAAUCCCUGAAGGCUCUUUAACCCUUGGAGACCAGAAAAUUUAUGCCGAUGUUUUUGAAGCUUAUAUUGGAGCGUUAGGACUUGAAAGAGGUUUUGAUUUGGAUGAAAUUAAAUCAUGGUUAGAAAGCUUGUAUGACAACUUAAUUAUUGAGUUACAACUGGAGUUUAUUAAAGAUCCUUUGGAUAGAGAUGCCAAAACAGAACUUUACUCCAAAGUUGGAACGGCUGAUUUACAUCCUGAUUACAAGGUUGUUACUGUUGGCGACGGUUCUAAUGUCGAGUAUGUUGUUGAGUGUUCGAUCAAUGGUGAGUUCUUGGGGAGUGGCUCUGCGCCAAGCGCUAAAGAAGCUAGUCUCCGAGCAGCAAUGAACGCUUUGAAAAAUACGCCCGUAGUCGAGAAAUACUUUUUGGAACGUAAGAAAACUACUAAGCCUAUUCAACUACAAAGAAAGGAAAGGAACGAACAAAAGAAAUUGGAGAAAUUGAAAAAAUUAGAAGAAGCAGCUGCAAAUUUAGCAAAUGAACCCAGCACUCCAUUUACACCGCCUUCUCCAAUCCAUACCGAGAUGUUCCCCGUCGAAGUGGAUUACGAAUGUAAGUUAGAUUGCGAUGCAAAGAAUAAAUUGUAUGCAAAAAUCGGCAAGGAAACAGGUACACAACCAGAAUAUAUCAUUGCUGCUACUGAAAAUAAUCAGCAUACCGCUCAAUUGAGGAUCCGAAAUUUGAACGUCGCUGUAGCUACUGAUACCUCUAGAAAGAAAGCAAUGUCCAGAGUUGCAAAUGCUAUAUGGAACAAUAAAGAAGCAUUGAGAGAAUUGUGUAAACGUUUUGACCCACCAAAGAUAUCUAGAAUUGAGGAAUAA